AUGGUACGUCAAAACCCUUUCUGUGGAACCAUCUUAGAGCAUCCGCACGAUCACAUCGAGUAUCUAGAAGAUUUGAUGGAUGACGAAUACAAUCGUUGUAAACUCUUUCCAUUUUUCUUUGAAGGUGACGCUAGAAAAUGGCUAGACCAACUACCAACAGGAUCGUUGACCUGUUGGAAGGAGAUAAGGAGUACCUUCAUCAAUCAAUUCUUCGAUGAGACGCGGUGCUGGGAUAUAAGGAAGAAAAUCUCCACCUUCCGUCAAGGUCGACGGGAAUCAUUCAGAAACGCAUGGGAGAGAUUUAAGAGCUACCAACUUGAAUGUCCUCAUCACAGCUACUCAGAGCCACAACUCAUUAGUACCUUUUACGGGGGUGUUAACUUGCAUUACCAGAUCACGCUUGACACAACCAGUGAAGGAAGCUUCAGUACCAGGAACCCUGAAGAAGGGAAGCGUCUGAUCAAGAAUAUAGCUACGGGUAGAUCCUACGAAAUGAUCGAGGUAGAGCGAGUAAGGAGAGUUGACUCAAUUGAUGAGCCACCUUUAGCACAAAUCAAAGAAUCUCUGGAUUCUUUUCACUCCGCUCUUGAGGAACGGAACCAAUUUGGGAUUUACCAAAUUGACGAUGACACCCUAUAUGAACUAGAACAACAAGUAGAUUUCGUGGAUAUCCAAACUUCAAAAAACGAGUAUCCUAACCCCGAUAACUUUACCCAAAAUUACGAUGCUACUGUUGGAUCACGCCAGGGCAGAGCGAAGUUUAGACUAAACCAAGCUUUCACGGGAAAUCGCAGAUUGGUGACUGACCUUAACGGAAAAAUAGACAUAAUGUACAGUGAGCUAAUAAGGAAGUUCGACGCUUUAAGUGAACACAUUAAGAGACUGGACGGUCAAGUCGCGGAAAACGCAACCGCCAUCAAAAGAGAGGCAGGACGUCUCCCUGUGCGGACUGACGCGAACCCGAAAUGUCAAAUUAAUGUCGUGUUACUAAGGAGCGGAAAACGCCUAAUCCCAAGCACGAUAGAAAUCAGUAACGCAGAAAAACAUGUUAUAGUUGAGGAAAACGGUGAAAAUAGGUCACGCCCGAUAAUCCUCGAUGAUUCCAAUACGAGUCAGAAACUCCUCGAGAGAAGGAGCUUCCCAACACUGAGGAAACAACCAUCAACCUCGAGGAGGAGGAAGAAGAGUUGGAGGAAGAUGUGGAAAUCGAUCGACAAGAGAGAACCAACGUCGAUCGACAUGCUACGGGAAAUAUCGAUCGACAUUCUGGAAACAAUAUCGAUCGACGAUCGACUCCUGCUGAACCAUCCUUCCCUCCUAACAAGAGGCAGACUAAGUGCGAAUUGA